UUCGUACUCUUGGUAUUAGUACUUAAAGAGUCUACGCAAAAUAUCCAAUAUGGCAGCUUCCAUGACGUUGCUCGUGUGACUGGAAUUCAUGUCGAUAGUUUUAAUUUAUCAUUAAUAAUUUUGAAACGCAUUCAUACAUUGUUAGUUGACUUGUUAAUAUGGAGAGUGAUCAAGAUUCUGAGAAUCAGCUUGUGGAUGGAAGUGAUGUAGUGGAAGUAAAUGAAGAUGACCUUGUUGAGGUUAUUGACCUUGAUCAUCAAGGUGAAGAAGAUGGAAGCGAGAUGGAGAUGGAAGGAUAUGAUGGGGAAGAUGAAGAAGGAGCUGAAGAGGAAAAAGAGGAGGAUGAAGCUAGGAUGGAAGACAUACAAGAUGAUUCUGACUUCUGCUUCAAAGCACAUACAGCUUCAGUGUUCAGUUGUGAUCUUGACCCCAAAACAUCUAGCUUGGCUAUUACUGGAGGAGAAGACGAUAAGGCUUAUGUGUGGAACAUAGCCGAUGGCACAACAGCUCUAAUCUGCACAGGACAUUCGGACUCGGUCACCUGUGUAGGGUUCAGCAGUGACUCAAAGUUUGUUGCUUCGGGUGACAUGUCCGGACUAAUCAAAGUGUGGAGCACAGAAUCCUGGGAAGAAAUUUGGUCAUUUGAAUGCUCUGACCUAGAGUGGAUGAAGUGGCAUCCAUCUGCCCACGUCCUCCUGGCAGGCACUGCAGAUGGUGACAUUUGGAUGUGGAAGAUACCGAGUGGAGAAUGCAAGACCAUGCAAGGUCAUGGGUGUCAGACCACCACGGCAGAGAUCUUUUCAGAUGGUAAACAGUGUUCUGCAGGUUAUGAAGAUGGCGUUAUUAAGGUUUGGGAUUUAAAGACAGCUAAAGCAUUGACAACAUUCAAAGGAAAUUCUGGUCACCAAGACAGUGUGACAUCUUUAGAUUGCCAUGACAACAACAAUCUCAUCUUGUCAGGAUCUGUUGAUGGGUCAAGCAAGAUAUAUAAUUGUAAUACUGGGAAGGAGAUAGCUGUAUUUUUUGCAGGAGAUGUUAAUGAAGAUAUUGGGGAAACAAAUUCAGUAGAAUCUGUGGGAUUCUGUCACAGCCAACCCUUGGCUGCUGUUGGAUCUUUAAAUGGAACACUUAGUAUAUGGGACACGCCCACUCAGAUCAUCCGACAUAAGUGCCAACAUGAUGCUGGAAUAGUUAAGUUAAAGUGGGACAAAUCAAACCCAUUAGUGUACUCUUGCAGUCUGGAUGGGAUGCUAAGACUGUGGGAUGCAAGGUCAGGAAAGGUUGAAGGUUGUUGGUCAGGUCACACGGGAGAAAUACUUGACAUGACUAUUAGUAGAGAUGGAAACACAAUACUCACCGUGUCUGGAGACAAGACAGCUCGUGUUUUUCCAAUCCAUGUACCAGAUAGGUGAAGUGUUCAUAGGCUGGUGAUAAUGAUGAUAGCAUUUUUCAGCACAAGAAAUAAUUUUUUUUCAAUAUCAUGGAAACAUUUAAUAACAUUUAAUAACUAAUAUAGGUACAAAAUGUUUGAGAACAUUUCUGAUACAUAAUGAAUAAUAACAACUUUCACAUUUUAUCAUUCAUACCAGCCUUCAAAAUAAAUAUUUUUUGAAAUACUAUAUCAUUAGUGUGAUAUUUUAAAAAUAUUAUAUUUUAAUGUUUGCAUACAAUUUUAUAAUAAGAGUCAACUAAUAAAAACAUGUUUACUGUAUCUACAAGGGUGGUUCAAUUCAAAUUUAGUUAAGGUUGAAAUUCAUACAAGACUACAUACACCAAAUUUACAAGAACAAUAGAAACAAAGAGAAUGCUGCCAACCCAGGAUGACUAAAAGCACAUGAAUGUGUGCCACUGUUGUCAUGUGGCUCUCCCAGGCAGCACUCAAAACACAAAGAAUGCAAAACAAUAUA